AUGACAGAUCUCCGACAGGCUUGUGAUAGAUGUCACAGCAAAAAGCUUCGAUGUACAAAAAUCCCACCUUCCUCAGUUUGUGCUCGAUGUGUCAAAGCUGGAGUUGCCUGUAUCUUCAGUCCUCCCACGCGUUCUCUCCGCAACCCCAACAAUGUUGCCUUUGACUGGAGCAUACUUGGCUUAGACCAAGAAGUUAUCGACCCGCAAAACAUAGAUCACCUAAUAGCGAUACCACCUGCCAACGACAAUACUGGCCAAGCCCCGUCUGCUCAAGUCACUUUAGUGUCACAAUUGACUGAUCUUAUGGUCGCCUUCGACCGUAUGCUGGAUAACUAUUCUACACUCCAAGCACAGCAUCUUACCAUGCGCGAACUCAACGAUCUUAGCAAAAUUUGCGGAUUUGAUCUCGGGCCAUUCCUCGAAGAGUUACUUCAACGCUCUCAAAAGUUGGUCCACUUAUACCCUCAAGUUCUCAAAAGGCUUGUACCCAAGGAACCAGAGCCUUGCAAUACUCCAGAUUGUGUACAUAACCCGCAUCUACCUUCGCACUCUCAACGUGAAACUCCAAUCGAUCAGUCACUUAUUCACCUGUUACUGGCUUGCCACCUCAGGCUACUGGACCUGUUCGACAACAUGAUUAAUCAUGGACGCAUGUGUGCUCACGCAGCCCCGUUGUUACCCCCAGGCUGCGAACCGAAUUUGGACAUCCCAGAGAUCAAGAUAGGUUCAUUUGUUGCACCAAAGAUAUCAGCGGCAUCCAUGAUGGUAGCGAUGUUGCUUGAGAUUCAGGUAUGCCUCAACGUCAAAGCCCAGGAGUUACAUGAUGCAGUUUCAUCCAGCGUUGGUCGCAAUGCGAGAGCAGCAAAGAUCCUCGGCUUGCAGUGCGAGUCUUUGAGAGAACAUGCCUCGACAACUUCUACAGAUCUCCGCUCUCUUCGUGAGCAUCUCCAGGAGUUAGGUGUCAUUGGCUAA